AUGGAACAGCCAUCUUCUGAGCCACCAACCAUUCAUGAACUUGAGAUUGCAGAUCUAGACUCACUCAUACGGAUUCUUGAAGAGAAGAAGCCAGACGAUAGGACAGACGAAGAGGUUGACCUCUUCGUCUCUACCAUUGGACAGCUCAAGUUCUUAAAAGAAAUCGAAAGUAGUGACAGAGUUAGAGAGCUCUGCCAGAAACUGGAGUUUAGACAUUUUGAAUGUGGUCUUGAUAUUUUUCGCUUAAAGGAUGAAGUCGACGGAAUUUAUGUCAUCCUGAAAGGCAUGGUUGAUGUAUACAUCCCUUCAAAGGACCUAGGAGCAGGUGAAGAAGAGAAAUGUGUUGCAAGGUUUGUGCCAGUCCAAUUGUUUGGAGAGCUCUCUGUGGUUAAAGGUGGACUAAGAAAAGCAAGAAUCUCAACUGUUGAAGAUUCAUACUUUGCCUACAUUUCAAAGGAGGAAUAUCACAGCAUCAUGGAAACUGGAUAAGUUUAACGAUUUUAUGAC